AUGAAGUUCUCACAUCUUCUCGUCCCGCUUAGCCUGGCGCUUGUUGUUGCCGGCGCACCAGCGGAGAAAACCCCAGACAAGAAAGACGGAUUCGAGCUCGUUGGCUAUGCAAAAGAGAAUCCUUUAGGAGAGACGACAGGCGGCAAGGGCGGAGCGACGACAACAGUCUCCGAUGUGGCCGCCUUUGCAAGUGCAGUAGCCGGCAAUGAACCGCGAACCGUGUAUGUCAAAGGCGACUUUAACUUAACAUCGCGCCUUCGACCCGGCUCGAACAAGUCAAUCAUCGGUGUCGGGAGCGGUGCGAGUAUCACUGGGAGCGGGAUCACUGUGCAGAAUGCGGAUAAUGUCAUCAUCCAGAACAUCAAGAUCAGCUUCAUUCUAGACAAUGAUUGUAUAACACUUCAGAAUUCGACAAGAGUUUGGGUUGAUCAUUGUGAGUUCACAUCUGAUAUCAACCGCGGUCCGGACUACUAUGUAAGCUUUCACGUCCCAGCCGAAAGGGAAGAAGAGAUUGUGAUGCUGAUGUGCGGUGCAAAGGACGGUCAAGUGGAUAUCGUAAGGGCUUCAGACUGGAUCACUGUCUCGUGGAACUACUUCCACGACCACUGGAAGUCAUCAUUGGUCGGCAACAGCGACGCCCUGCGAGAUGUAGACACUGGCCACCUUCACGUCACCUACCAUCACAACUACUGGCGUAAUGAAGGCACGCGGGGCCCAGCUGGCCGUUUUGGUCAUCAGCACGUCUUCAACAACCUGUAUGAAGACUUUCUGUAUCAGGCCAUCCACUCCCGAUCCGACAACCAAGUUUUGGUCGAGGCAAACGUCUUUCGCGGCAAUACGAGCGAGGCACUGAGCACGUAUGGAUUGGUUGUUCCCGCCGACUCGCCGAAUACGUCGCCAGAGGGUGAUUACGAGCUCGAUGGUUUUGCGAAUCUGGGUGCCCGCAAUGACUGGGGUCCGGCUACAAUCAACAUCACACAAGUGGGAAACUUUACGGAAGUGCCCUAUAAAUAUCGCUUGACGCCGUUAAAGCAUGUGCAGGAGGUGGUCAGGGCAGGCGCCGGUCUUGGUAAGAUCUGA